ACACAUCUCUUCAGGCUCUGGCUUUAACACAAGUAUGUGGCUACCUGAACUAAGGGAUCAAAAUCACCGAGAUGCGAGAACUCCUCCAGCUCUGACACUACUCUUAUUAUAGGGUCAUCCUGUCAUUCCUGCAGGCACUAAUCAUUCAUGGGAUUUGAAGUUAAUACUACUAAAUAAAUGAAUUGCUUAAUCUCCUAUGACCAUCUACACAUACUUCAUCUUUACAAAGGUUAUCAAUUUUAUGUCAUCAAGGACAGAGUGACCUUCAUUUCCACAAAAUGCCUCUUACUACUGGACAAGAUCAUUACAAAUUUAUCACUUAUUCUCAGGAAGAAAGUCCUUCACGAUCAUCACUUGACAAAUGCAAGUGUGUGUAUUUUCAACUGACCAGAUCAUACUGAGUUCCAAAACCAUAACUGUGGAAUACUAAGGGGUCUGUUACUUUUCUGAACAUUUGAGCUAAGAUGAAGGACAUGCAACUCAAAAUUAAUUUCCUUCUUGGCCUAGUUAUCACUGCUCUAGUACAAGCUGUAGGAAAAAAAGCAGACUGCCCAGAGUCAUGUAUAUGCGAGAUCAGACCAUGGUUCACUCCCAGAUCUGUGUAUAUGGAGGCUCCAACAGUGGACUGUAAUGAUUUAGGCCUUUUUAAUUUUCCAGCCAGACUUCCUGCUGAUACACAGGUUCUACUUCUACAGACUAAUAAUAUUGCAAAAAUUGAACACUCAGUAGACUUUCCAGUGAAUUUAACUGGUCUAGAUUUAUCUCAGAACAAUUUGUCCUCUGUGACCAGUAUUAAUCUUAUCAAGAUGCCACAGUUGCUUUCAGUGUACCUUGAAGAAAACAAACUUACUGAACUCCCUGAAGAAUGUUUCUCUGGACUCCACAAUUUACAAGAGCUUUAUAUUAAUCACAACCUGCUUUCUGUGAUUGCACCAGGAGCUUUCAUAGGCCUCAAUAAUCUUCUCAGACUUCAUCUCAAUUCAAAUGGUCUGCAAAUGAUCAACAGGGAGUGGUUUGAAGCUACUCCUAACCUUGAAAUUCUGAUGAUUGGUGAAAACCCAAUCAUCAGAAUUGAAGAUAUGAACUUUAAGCCUCUUAUCAAUCUGCGUAGCCUAGUUUUAGCAGGAAUAAAUCUCACUGAAAUACCAGAUAAUGCUUUGGUUGGCCUUGACAAUUUAGAAAGCAUCUCCUUUUAUGACAACAGAUUUGUUAGAGUGCCACACAUUGCCCUCCAAAAGGCUACAAAUCUUAAAUUUCUGGAUCUAAAUAAGAAUCCCAUUAACAGAAUACGGCGAGGAGAUUUUAGCAAUAUGCUACACCUUAAAGAGCUAGGAAUCAAUAACAUGCCUGAGCUGAUUUCUAUAGAUAGCCUUGCUGUUGAUAAUUUGCCAGAUUUAAGAAAAAUAGAAGCUACCAAUAACCCCAGAUUAUCAUACAUUCAUCCAAAUGCAUUCUACAGGCUUCCCAAGCUGGAAUCCCUCAUGCUCAACAGCAACGCGCUGAGUGCCCUGUACCGCAGUACGAUUGAAUCCUUGCCUAACCUCAAAGAAGUCAGCAUCCACAGCAACCCCAUCCGAUGUGACUGUGUCAUCCGCUGGAUUAACAUGAAUAAAACCAACAUUCGCUUCAUGGAGCCAGAGUCUCUGUUUUGUGUAGACCCUCCGGAAUUCCAAGGCCAGAAUGUGAGACAGAUACACUUCCGGGAAAUGAUGGAAAUCUGUCUCCCUCUCAUAGCCCCUGAAAGUUUUCCAUCUACUCUGGAUCUAAAAACUGGCAGCCAUAUUUCUUUACACUGCAGAGCAACAGCAGAACCAGAACCUGAAAUCUACUGGAUAACACCAUCCGGACAUAAACUUUUGCCUAAUACUAUUUCUAAUAAAUACUACAUCCAUUCUGAAGGAACAUUAGACAUAAGUGACGUAACACAAAAAGAAAGUGGCUUAUACACAUGUAUAGCAAGCAACUUAGUUGGGGCAGACCUGAAGUCAGUCAUGAUUAAAGUGGAUGGCUCUUUCCCUCAGGACAGCAAUGGAUCUUUGAAUAUUAAAAUAAAAGACAUAAAAUCUAAUUCCGUUUUGGUGUCAUGGAAAGCAAACUCUAAAAUUCUCAAGUCCAGUGUCAGAUGGACAGCCUUUCUGAAAGCUGAAAACUCCCAGGCUGCACAAAGCGCUCGAAUACCAUCUGAUAUAAGGGUGUAUAACCUUACACAUCUAAAUCCAUCAACUGAAUACAAAAUUUGUGUAGAUAUUCCCACUAUCUAUUCACAGAAUAAGAAACAAUGCAUCAAUGUAACCACAAAAGGACCGGACUUGGCAAUGAAAGGCCAUGAAAAGAGCAACAUAAUAGGAUUCCUUGCCUGCCUUGGUGCUCUUCUGGGAAUCACCUCUGUGAUAUAUCUCUACAACUGCAUCUCACGAGAGAUGAACUAUGACGUUGGACACAGCUAUCUAAAGAAUUACCUGAAGAAACAAUCUUUUUCACUCAAUGAGCUUUAUCCUCCUCUAGUCAGUCUUUGGGACAUGGGCAAAGAAAAAAGCACAUCAGUGGAAGUAAAAGCAACUGUAAUAGGCGUACCAACCAAUGUGUCAUAAGUAUAUCAGUUUAUUUCUGAAAUAAAAAGCACAUGACUGCAUUUGUGCUGAAUAAAAAAGGCAACAUGAAGAACUAUUUCUUUUUGGAACCAGACACCUGAGCUCUGCCGCUGCUGACAAAUGGUAAUAUGUACUGACUCAGUGUAAGAGAAGAAUUUUAACUGUCUUCUAAGGGUAUUCUACCAACCAAAUACAAUUAAUUUCAUUUUCUAGAACUUUCAUGGGACUUUCAAGUCUGGAAUACAGUGCAAGUAGCCAAGAAGAUUUUCUGUAUUUUUUUUUUUUAAUUAUAUAAAAGUAGUGGAACUGAGCAAUACCUCCUCCUGUGCUGUAUUACAAACACUAGCCAUGAGUUUUUGCAGUGAGCAGAUAUACUAGGAUUGACACAUGGUGUAAUGAAAUGGACAGAUUCUGUAGAGUAGACACAGUGAGUAUGUGGAUUUUUUUUAUGAGGAAAAUACAUUUUUGAUU